ACAAAUUACGCACAAAAAGUAAGGAGCUAGUGCAUACUGCAUUUAAAAUCUGAGACCUGUCGCAUUAAGCUAUGUCUGCAACCACCAAUUUCUUCAAGACGGCUUCUGCUGAGGAAUGGACAAAAGUUCUUAAACUCUACAACCAUGUCUUGAAUCUCAAGGCUUCUAAGAUCCAGAAACCUGGUGGGAGCAAGAAUUUGCUGGACCUUGACAAGUGGUUUCAAACAGAACUUUCACAGUCAAUACAAGGAAGGAAAGAAAGAUACAUCACACAUGAGGAGUUAACAAAGCUUAUGAAGUGGAAAUUGAGUAGAGGAAAGUUCCGACCCAGAUUGACUGAAAUGGUCCAGACCAACAGCCCAGACCUUGUUGAGAAGUCUAGCCGACAAGCCUUCAAGAAGUUACCCAACGUGGGUGCUGCCAUCAAAGAGUUGAUUGUGCUAAAGGCAGUUGGUCCAGCAACAGCAUCAGCCGUCUUAGCAGCAGGAGCCCCUGAACAUGCCCCAUUCAUGGCAGAUGAAAGUAUGUUGCCUAUUCCAGGCCUGUCCCCACUGGCUUACACUGAAGCUGCUUAUAAAAGAUAUGCAGUAGAGGUUCAAGACUGUGUGAAGAGACUCAAAAAGGAAGAUCCCUCCGGAGAGUGGACCCCGCAUAAAGUGGAACUGGCCCUAUGGACCCAUUACAUGGCUUGUAAGCUAGACCCCUCUGUACUCGAAACCAAAAAUGGACCAUCUAACAAGAGGAAGAGCACUGGAGAUGGAGAUGGGGAUGAAGAAAAACCUAGAAAGAAAUAAAAUAUUUGUUCCCAUGGUCCUGCUUCAAAACAUUCCCACAGUAUCUAAUCAUGGUUACAAUGCUGCUAUAGGGGGAUCUAAAUUGUUACUUGCUUGUGUUAAAGCAUUUUAACAGUACUUUGUACCUUGUAUCUUAGUACGAACCCCACUCCGCGUGUUUCAGUUGCCUUCUGCAAGGAACUAAUGCUGAGCAAUGUUCCCUGCAGAAAGACCUGGGCCCCAUUUCAUAAAAGUUGUUACAAUUUAAAGCUACUGAAAUUCAUCGAUUUGAUUGGCUGAUAGUAAACUUGUAAAAAAAUUGUGUAUUUGUUAUUGUAACAAGUCUUUAUAAAUCGGGACCCUGGUCCUGUCUUCUGUUGGCUUAAACCAUCAGGGGGGUGUUUCACAAAGAUUUAAUUAUGACUUAGAGUCGCACUUAAAUGCCUAGUUGUGCGAGGUAUAAAAGCCAUGACCGCAUUGGUGAGAUCAUGUAAAGAGGACGCGCACUAUUGUAUAUUGAUCAAUUAGAUUGCACGUUGCAUUUAAGAUACGCGUCGGCAUUUAAGUGCGAUUUAAGUCAUACUUAAAUCUUUGUGAAACACCCCCCUGGGCCUGUUAACAGAAAGGUUUACAAUUAAACACAAGUAUAAAAGAAUGAUUCCUGGUCAGUGUUUUAAAUAAAUGAACCUGAUUAGCCAAUAGUCAUUAAGUAUUGAUUGUAAACCUUUAUUUACAUAGCCCUAGAAUCAUGAUAGUGAUGAAUUUUACCAAAAAAAUCUGUCUUUGUGAAAAAAAAAAGCAUGAGAUUUGUUUGGCUUCAAAGAUAAUUCAUGAUCAGUGGAUUUUUCCCCCUCCAAAUUUCUGACUUGUUCUUCAGUCAGUAUUGAGUGCAUCAAACAAAGAUCAAUAAUUCAGAAUGUUGCCAAAUAAUGAACAUUUUGAUGUGCCAUGUGAUUCACCCUUUUCUCUUGUCGGGUCUCUAUACUAAAAGUCCUAAUGGUCGUUUUGUGAUAGAGGAUCGCAUAUAACACUUCAGUACUAUGAGCUCCAUAGCACAAAUAUAUACUAUGUAUUCAAUGAGCCUUGUUGAAGUAUUAUGAAUAAUGAUGACAGUUUGAACAUGUCACAACAGGGAAUCACACCAGUUAUAUUUUAUAAGAUCUUAUGUAUACCAAGCUUCAAAUGUACAUGUUUUUAUUUGCUUUGAUAUCUCUAGAGUUUUUUUCAUGAGAAAUAAUUGUUCUUUUGAAUAUUUUUUCUCAUUUUUAUAGCAAAUUCCAAAUAUAUCAAAAAAUUAUGCAAAAUUUGAUCUUCAUUUGAAAAUGCAUUUACUACAUGUAUUUACUUUGGGUGUGAAUUCAAGUCAGUAUUAUCUUCAUAGAAUUUAUUUUGCUGCUGUUAAAAUGUCUUUCCUAGAAUGUUUGUCUUCCAAUUUGUUCUGAAAUACUGUGCUUUAAAACAUUUCAUCGUCAUUCAACAAGCAUUAAGUUGCAUUAAAGUGGGAGGAAGAAUUUUGAGAGUGGACACUAUACCUGGAAACAGUACAAAAUUUGAUUUUCAAAUGCAUGUUGAAAUGGUAUUUAAAUAAUGUGAAUAAUUCCAAUGUUAACAAUUUGCACUGUUUUGAACACAAACAGAACGUCGUCUUUUACUCAGUGUUCCAGGUAAUGCCAGAUGCAAAUAAGAAAAUAAAACUUUUCAAAUGAAAUAUGUUUCUUGUGAAGCAGAACAAAUAUUUAAUAUUUAAUCAUGCCUUAAUAAAUGAUUGAAACAUGGUUAAAAAAAACAUA